AGGAACUUGCGCCUGGUGACCGGCACGCCUCGUUCAAGCCACCGCGGCACUCCUAGGACCAUAGCCUGCGCUACAUAAGAUGGAGGGGACCGCGCGGGGUGCAUGGCCAACCGCUCUUGCGCCAUCACUCCCUCAGAAACUGUUGUUGAUCUCAUAUUGUUGUUGCAUUGAAGACUUGUGGGGAACCCUGUCACAGAUCUGAACGUAUCCGGAAUCCAGGAUGAGGCUCUUUGCUACUCUCGUUGUGCCUUUGGUCGGCGCGCGCGUCAUACGGUUUGAGCCACAGGUACCCAUUAUACAAAAGGAAAUUGAAGAUGCUUCUGCACCUGCAGUUGGUGUGCACUUCACCACCUCGUAUGCGACAGCUGCUGCGAAGUACGAGAAUGGUACAACAGUAGACCUGGUCAGGAUAGAUGCCGAUUCUGAUUACAUUGACUUGAUGUCACAGUGGACAAAUUCAUGGAAGGAGUUCGAUUGCGAAGGUCCGGUCCAGCGACUGCGAUGCGAUCUUGAACAAAUACGGCGCGAAGCCCGAAGACGACUCAGAUUGCCCAUCACACAGAACUCAGCAACGCUCAGCAAGUUCGUCAAGAAGGUGCGAAGCGCUGUCGAAGCAGAGUUGGGAACAUCAGUAUCCACCAUCGCUCCUGUGGCACCUCAGAUUGUUGGCUGGGAUUCCGAAGACUUUGAAGAUGCGCUGCAUCUCGCUGGAUUAACUUCCCUAAGACUUGGUGACAAGCCGACAUACUGGGACACGAAUGCCGCAUUUGCAGGGAUGGGAUACGGACUCUGUGAAUCCAAGACGGACUUGGCAGAGUGUCUGGAAGAGGAGCGACAAAUGCCCUAUGAGCACGUGCUGUUCUUAAACUUCGACAAAUCUUCCUUCAGUGCGACAGUGCAGUACUUGCAGCAUGCGGAUCAGGAGUGGUCCUAUUCCAGCAGGGCUGACAUGACUCUCGGAUGGUGGAACCUGCCAGUCUUUGAAGUCUCAAGGGCAAGGUUUUGGGCACAAAUACACGAGGUCAUCCUUGAAGUAGCCGGAGCUCUGCAGAGGGCGCCAAACAAGAUUGUGCUGCUCGGAGAGCAUGGUACAGAUUCAGAAUUUCUGGAUGUUGUCAAAGCUGCUCUUUGGGAUGUUCUAGAGAUCGACGUCUCCUUACUGUUGAGUGCGAACAAGGCUGAGGAUGUGCGCAUGCUGUCGGCGCGUGGGGCAGCAGAAUUCGCAAGGAGAGCGGAGACAUGGAAAGAUUGGAAGAGGACACAAGACGAAGCUGAGAGCAUUGAGCUCUGAAAACGGAAGACGGACGCACCACCUUAUAAUUCCAUGAUACCCAAACUUAGUCGUAAUGUAGACAUACAGCGAUAAUACUACACUAUAAUUCAAACUAAUUCGAACCUCUCAGCAUGUCUGGAAUCAACACUUAGAUUGCAAGACGUACAAUGUGACAAAAGCAGCAGCAAAGUCAGAUGUAACGGAACAUGUUGUUCCUAACA